AUGUCGCUCGCCAGCAUGGCUUGGGAGACCGCACAGGUGCGGGUCACCAGGACGUUCGUGGAAGUCGUUGAGAUGUGCCCAGCGCCGGAACCAAGAAGUCUCACCAUGCCGGCGCUCCCCAGUUUGGGCUUGGAUCUCGAGGAAGAGCCCGCAACAGGCUAUGCUGUUCUGACAGAGCCGAACUUCGAAGAGAAGCACCACGAGCCAGAUCUGGACCAGAAGUUUGCGGUAAGGGUGGCACGGACAUUCUUGGAGGUUAUCCCAGAUGUGACCGAUGAUGAGAUUGCCAGCCAGCAGCUGCGAAGCUACAGCAUGCCCAUCCUCCCCAGCUGCGGGCUUGAUGGCGAGAAGGAGAGGAACGAAGACAGUUUCGGUGCGUUUGUGGGCCAAAAGGCGUCAGAUCCGAUUCUGCGUUGCACUCCGAUCCUGCCCGAAACAGAGAACGAGAUGAACAGCCAGAUGACCCCACCGCCACAUUGGCUGGCCAAGGGGUUGCACGUCCGGGCGGAGAAGGAAGAGUUCGCACCAGGCUACGCUUUUGUGGCAGAGGCGAGCUUCGAAGAGAAGCACCAUGAAUCCGAUGAGGAACAACAGCUUGUCAUGCCAGAUGUGACCGACGAUGAGAUUGCCAGCCAGCAUCUGCGAAGCAGCACCAUGCCCAUCCUCCCCAGCUUGGGGCUUGACCUCGAGGAGGAGACGGAGGAAGAGGAGAGCUUCGGUGCAUUCGUGGGCCAGGCAGCCUCAGAGCCGAUUCUUCCGGGCACCCCGAUCUUCCACCCCCCCACAGAGCCCGUCCUGGGCGCUGCGGUGCCCGAGGAGAUGGAAAGCCAGGCGUUGGGCCCUGUGCCACAUUGGACAGAGCCCCUUCUUCCUGGGCUCGUCGCCCACCCAGCGCGUGAAGAUCCGAACGUGGAUCCGCAGACAUGGGAGAAGAAGAUCGAUGUCGAGCGUGCUACAGGAGGGGAGGUAAAGGCAGUCGACAACGAGGAUGAACGGGCAGAGCUCAAACUUGUGACGCAACAUGCCGACACAUAUCCGGGUCCGUUUCCUUUGCGCAUGGUUGAGCAACACAACAACGGCCGGUGCUUCCCCUGCCUCUUCUUCACACGCACAGGAGAUGAUGGCUGCAGGAAGGGUGACGAUUGUACGCACUGCCACGUCUGCCGCCCGCAUGAGAUUCGCCGGAGGAGGAAUCGCAUCGCCGCGGAGAUGAAGGCAGCAAGGAAGGCUGCCGCAAGGCGUCAACAGCACAGGGCUUGA